UCGUACAGUACAGUGCCAGUGUGGUGUGGAGAGCUACAGCAUGCUGAGAUUGGGUGGCUUUUUAGUUUUUGCUCAGCUUCUGCUAGGAGUUCACCAUGUACUUUCGGACAUCAAGCCCCUGGCAACACUGGAGAACUACAACUACACCAAGUACCAUCCCAUGGAAGAGAUAACUUCAUGGAUGGUGACGGUGGUGAAAGAGAAUCCGGAAGUGGCCUCUUCUAUGGUCUAUGGAAACACGUUUGAGGGAAGAAACAUCACUGUUUUGAAGAUUGGGCUGAACUCCACCAAGUCGAAGAAGGUCUUCUGGAUGGACUGCGGGAUUCAUGCCAGGGAGUGGAUCUCUCCUGCCUUCUGCCAGUGGUUUGUGAAAGAGAUCCUGAGGACGUACAAAACAGAUGAGAAGAUGAACACUAUCCUCCGGAAUCUUGAUUUCUACGUCACGCCUGUACUUAACAUCGAUGGCUACAUGUAUACCUGGCACAACGAGAGCACUCGCCUGUGGAGGAAGUCAAGAUCGACUCCCCCUAAAGACUGCAACUGCUACGGUGCUGAUCUGAACCGCAACUUCAACGCUAACUGGGGCAUGAUCGGAGUGUCGAGGAACUGCUGCGAGGAAAUCUACUGUGGCUCGGGUGCCCUGUCAGAGAAGGAGGCCCAGGCGGUGACCACGUUGGUAGAGAGCAUAAAGGACCGGGUGACCUGCUUCCUAACCAUUCACUCCUACGGACAGCUGAUCCUGGUGCCCUAUGGCUACCCGGAGGUGUCCGCACCCAACUACGAGGAACUGAUGCAAGUAGGCCUGGAGGCUGCCAAGGCCAUAAAGUCUGUCCACGGGACGGACUACACCGUGGGCAGCCCCCCGGACGUCCUGUACGCAAACUCUGGCUCCUCCCGGGACUGGGCGCGCCUCAUCGGGAUCCCCUUCUCCUUCACGUUCGAGCUGCGGGACAAAGGCGACUUCGGCUUUAAGCUGCCCGAGAAUCAGAUCCAGCCCACGUGCGAGGAGGCCUACGCAGGAGCGCGCUCCAUCAUCACCUACGUCCACGACAAGGUCUUCUACAAUGCUGCCACGGCAGUCACCUCCAUGUGGGCUGCACUGCUGAUGUCAUGCCUGACAUCUGUGAUCUUCUUGUAAGCUGCUGGCUGAUUGGCUGAUGGGCUGCGACUGCACAAUCCACAGGAAAUA